UGGCCACCCGUGCUACACAGAUAACGGUGGCUGCAGUAACCUCUGCCUCCUGUCACCAGGCGGAGGCUACAAAUGUUCCUGUCCCACCAACUUCUACCUGUCUGCGGACGGCAAGACCUGUCUAUCCAACUGUACGGCCAGCCAGUUUGUGUGUAAGAAUGACAAGUGUAUCCCGUUCUGGUGGCGUUGUGAUACAGAAGAUGAUUGUGGAGACCGAUCAGACGAACCGCAGGACUGUCCGGAGUUUAAAUGUCGCCCGGGCCAGUUCCAGUGUGGGACCGGACACUGCACCAACCCCGCCUUCAUCUGUGACGGGGACAACGACUGUCAGGGACAGCUCUGACGAAGCAAACUGUGAGAUCCACGUGUGUUUACCCAGCCAGUUCAAGUGCUCGGCGGCCAAUCGAUGCAUCCCCGCCAUUUUCCGAUGUAACGGGCAGGACAACUGUGGAGACGGGGAGGACGAGAGGGACUGUCCUGAAGUGACCUGUGCUCCAAAUCAGUUCCAAUGUGCCACCACUAAGCGCUGUAUACCUCGUGUGUGGGUUUGUGAUCGAGAUAAUGACUGCAUGGACCAUUCCGAUGAGCCCGCCAACUGCA